AUUUUAAUGUUUUUCAAAGAAAAAUUUUUUUUUUUUUUUGCACAUAACGAAUAUUGUUUCUUUUUUCUGCCCUAAUUAACCAUGUCAAUUAAAUGUCAUAUAUUAUGUAAGCUUAAAACUUUUAAAAUAUGUAAUUUAGAAUGCCAUGAAAACAUUUUUAGAAUUCAAAACGAUUUAUAGUCUAACGAUAUUAAAAUUUUUUUUGUUUAUAUGCAUGAAUGUUAAACAUUCUGGUCUAUCCGACAGUUCUGCAGGAAUGUUUGAUAAGUACGAAAUAGAUGAUGUCAAAAAUGGUAAUAAACUUUUUCGCAAUAACUCUUGGCGUUGCCCAGACUCGGACUACAAAAGUGCAGAUUGGAAUGACCUUGUUAAAAAUGAUCCGUACAUUGAUAUUGAAUCUGGCAAUGAGUCGCUCGGAUCUGUUGGCGUAGCUAGUAAGAGGGAAUACAACAAACUACCUGACACAUGGAAAGAACGCAUUGCACAUGGAACUAAAGAAUGCUAUUACUAUGAUACAAAUACCGAAAAGAUUUACUUCACGUUGCCUUCAAAACCCUUCAUAGAAGCUCAUAAGAUUGGCUGGAAUGGCAUUGCCGCAAAAAACUGUGAAUACAAAUACCGAUGCAAGCUUCGAUGCAGGCAUAUUCUAGUGAAGCACAAUGAAUUAAAUACACCCAUUUCUCACGUUGAACGGAUAAAUACUCGAACUAAAAAAGAGGCUUUUCAAAAAAUUACGCAGACCCUCAACAUAAUUAAAAGUGGUGAAUUAGAAUUUUCUGAUUUGGCUAAAGAAAUCUCCGAUUGCUGCUCAGCUCAAUACGGCGGAGAUUUGGGGCCCUUUAAGCCUACUCAAAUGUCUAUCGACUUUGAGCAAAAAGUUGUAAGCCUCAAGAUAUAUAAGGUCUCAGAUACUUUUGAGACGGAAGAAGGAUUUCACAUUUUGUUGCGAACGCCAGUGAAUGAAAGUGAAAGAAGGGCGGCAACUAGAAGAAAAAAAUACAGGCGGAUUGAAAAGAUGAGCGAUGCUACGCAAAAUAAUAAAUGCAAAAUCCACAUUAAGAAAAACACUCUUACUUCCUCUCGUUUGCUUAAACCGAAAACCGAUAGAUGCACUUUGCUCGGUCAAAGUCAAAGAAGCUACGGUUCUAAUAGUGCGUUUAGCAGCUCCAAUAUUGGCUUUAAUCCAUCCAUGCAUUUAAUGUUUCGACGUUUAGAAGAAGAUAGAAAAAUGAGAAUGUAUACCCUUCAGCAACAUAGAAUAAAAAACACAGUAGUUCAGGAAAAAAUGGAGGUUGCUAAUUAUAACAAUAAUAACAACCAUUUAAACAAUAUCCUGAAAAUAACGGAAACUGUUGGCCUUGAAAGCAAUACAGUAAAUAAUAUCUCCAUAAACCGUAUUUGGUAAUCUACAGCGGUGUGUUGCUAGUAAAAUACAGACAAAAACAGUGUGAGCAAUAUGUAUAUUGUAUUAUAAAUGGACAUCUGGCGAACAUAUGCACAUCUUAACGAAAAAAUGUAUUACAAAUAAUUUUAACAUUACGCUUUAAAAUAACAUUUCGAUUUUUCCUAUUAAACCAGCCCAUAUUUAUUUCUUUAAAUUUGGAAACUGGGAAUCUCUUAUAUGGCUUUUGCGCUCAACGGAAAACUCUCUGAAUAAUAACAAAAAG